AUGAAGAAUAUGAAUACAUCUUUGGAUGAUAUUGAAUUUGAUGAACAACAUGACAAAGUUGUAGAAGAACUAAAUGAAAACCAUGUUCAACCUAACUCAAUCUCUCCAACAGUUGGAAUGGUUUUUGAAAGUGUUAAUCAAGCCAAGUCAUUUUAUAGACAACAUGCAAUAUCAAAGGGUUUUGGAAUUCGAACAAGGAGUUCAAGGAAGAACAAUAAAAACGAAUUAUGUUACUUCAUGAUGGUGUGUUCUAGGGCUGGAAAAUAUGUCGAAUCCAAUCAGAAUGAAAUGAUUGGACGUCCAACAAUGACUAAUGAUUGUGCAGCUCGAAUGAUUGUAUCAAAAAGAGAGGAGAACUGGUACAUUUCAACAUUUGAUGAUGUAAAUACUCAUGAUCUUAGUCCAACAAAGUCAAGAUUGUUCCGAGGCAAUAAAAAGAUGAAUCUGAAUGUCAAAAGAACAUUAGACUUAAAUGCCGAAGCAGGAGUUAGGAUUAACAAAAGUUUUCGAUCCUUGGUUUGUGCUACAGGAGGUUAUGAGAACAUGGAGUUUGUCGAACAAGAUGUUAGAAAUUAUGUCGCCAAACAAAGAAGAGCAUUAUCAAAAGAUGGUGAUGCCAAGGCACUCUUAAACCAUUUCUCUUCCAUGAGAGAAUUGAAUAAGGAUUUCUUUUUCGACAUUGAUGUUGAUGACAACAAUUGCAUACUGAAUGUGUUUUGGACUGAUGCACGAAGUAGGGCAACUUAUGAGUAUUUUGGUGAUGUCAUAUCUUUUGACACAACAUACUUAACGAAUAAGUACGACAUGCCGUUUGCUCCUUUUGUUGGUGUCAACCACCAUGGCCAAUCAAUAUUGUUAGGUUGUGGUUUGUUAUGUUCAGAGGACACAUAUUCAUUUGUGGGGCUAUUUAAUUCAUGA